AUGGUAAUGAUGCGCUACGUGCUGUGUAUCCUCGCUCUCCUGCUCUCCUGUGCGUGUGUGCACGUCCUCGCUGAAGAAGUGCCUGCCGCCGAUCUUUCCGACCAAGUCCCUGAUACGGAGAGUGAGACAAAGAUUCUUCUUCAAGGUACUCCGUGCAUUUCUGGUGCUCCUGGGUGCACUCCUGGUCAUGGUGAUUCUGCUGUAGUUCCUGCACCUGCCGCUCCUCCUUCAACUCCUGUUGCUCAAUCUCAGUGCCCUGAAGAGAAAAGUAAAUGUCCGAACGAUGUUGAAGUUCCAGCCGCCGAUCUUUCCGACCAAGUCCCUGAUACGGAGAGUGAGACAAAGAUUCUUAAAGAUGCUUAUGGCAAAUGCCCUCCUGAAGGUACUGAACAUUCUGAAGACGGUACAUCUUGUGCUAAGGCUCCUGCUGCUGGUGCUGCUCCUGGUACGAAUUGCACUAAUGGUACUUCUGAAGGUGCUGGACGUUCAGAAAAUCUUCAGACAUGUACGGAAAAGCGCGAAACUUCUCCUGUAAAAGUACCUGAGGCGCCAAAAGAGGUGGUCCCUGAGAAAAACGUACCUGUUCUUCUUCCUAAAAAACCCGAAGUUCCUCCUGCUAAAGUACCUGAAGUACCAAAAGAGGUUGUUCCUGAGGUAAAAAAUCAGAAUGCUCUUCAUCAAGAAGAAGCUAGUGUUCCUGCUGGUCCCGGUGCUCCUAGUGUCGAAAAUGAUGAUAUAAGUGAAUCUGGUCCUGCUCGUGGUGCUUCUGGUACUGCUGCUAAUCCACCACCUGCCGAUUCUGCUGAACCUGGGGCAGAUGUCACAGAGGCUGCUGCUGCACGUGAAGUGCAAACUGAAGACAGUGUCAACAGUGCAGGAGGUGGAACUGCGGCUACCCAAGGAAGUGAAGCAGCACAACCUUCUCCUUCUCCUGAAUCUUUAGCCACAGGGAGUGCCACUGAUGCUGCUACUGAAACAACAGAGAACGGCACUUCAUCUGCAGGGAGUGAAUCAACAAGUACCCAAGAAGGUGAUGCAGAAAAUACAGAAACCACCACCACCACCACAACAACAAUACUCCCUCCUGAACUCACAAACAGCCAAAAGGGUGAUGCAGACAGCAGCAGCAGUAUCAACAGUUCUGUGUGGGUGCAUGUACCACUACUGAUUGUGGUUACACUGGCCUGUAUUCUUGUGUGCUGA